GUCAGGUAGGCUCCAGCUAGAUAUUCUUGGUGAGAACCUUUGAGUUUAAAACUUGUUAUUGAGAGGGAGGAGCCAGGGAAAAAAUUAACAGAAGGCUUUAUGGCAUUGGAAAAGCUUCCUUAUUUCCCUUUCUUUUACUCUAUUUCUCUCAUGUUUGUGCUGAACUUGUCAAUCGCAUAUGAUACCUUAAGUUCAGGUCAGUCCAUUAAAGAUGGAGAGAAAUUGGUCUCUUCAGGCCAAAGCUUUGAGCUUGGCUUCUUCUCUCCAGAAAACUCCAAGUAUAGGUACUUGGGGAUAUGGUACAAAUUUAGUUCUGAAAAAGUCGUUUGGGUCGCCAACAGAAACAACCCACUGACUGAUUCAAAUGGUGUUCUCACCUUUAGUGAUGAGAGGAAUCUAGUUGUUCUCGACCGAUCAAAGAGUGUCAUUUGGUCUUCAAAUUCAUCCAGGAUUUUAAGAAACGCAGUUGCACAGCUGUUGGAUUCCGGUAACCUUAUUGUUUCAGAGAACACCAGUUCACAUUCUGGUGAAUGCUCAUGGCAGAGCUUUGACUAUCCAACUGACACCCUUUUAGCUGGUAUGCGAGUGGGAUGGAGCCUCAAAGCCGGUGUUGAAUGGCGUCUGUCUUCUUGGAAAAGCACAGAUGAUCCUUCAUCUGGAAACUACACCUACGGAAUAAAUGUUAAUGGGUUGCCCCGAUUUGAACUGCUCAAAAGAGACUCCACAAAAACAUUUCGAACAGGGCCAUGGAAUGGAGUUCAUUUCACGGGAGCUCCAGUGAUUGAGAUUACCUUUUUCAGGCCGAAGUUUGUCUACAAUGAAACAGAUGUAUAUUUUGAAUUUGAAUCUUCGAGGGAUGAUAUCAUCACCAUAAUCACAUUGAAUCAGUCUGGUCUUGUGGAACGUCUUCUAAGGAAGAAAGAGAGCUCUACAUGGGAUGCCAUGAUCAUGUCUCCCCGUGAUUCAUGUGAUAACUAUGGACAGUGUGGUGCCAAUGGUGUCUGCAGCAGUAACAAAGACCCUAGAUGCCAGUGCUUGCAAGGUUUCAUGCCCAAGUCCCAAGAAGAGUGGCAAGUAAAUUCAACCAGUGGGUGCAUUAGGAAAGCUCAGUUGAAUUGCUCUCACGAAGAGGGCUUUUUGAAACUUUCGAUGCUGAAACCGCCUGACCUGAUAGACUUCAGGGUAAACAAGAAUAUAAGCCUUGAGGAGUGCAAGGUGGAGUGUCUAAAGAACUGUUCUUGUACGGCUUAUGCUAAUUCAGACGUUAGUGGAGGAGGGAGUGGCUGUUUGAUGUGGUUCGGCAAUCUCAUUGAUAUAAGAGAAUCCGAUCAAGUCAACUAUGAACAAAAUUUCUACAUAAGAUUACCUGCUUCUGAGUUAGAUUCCAUCCGCAGCCCUGUCAAUAAAAAAAAACUGUUGACUAUCACUGUGGCUUCAGUCAUUUCUGGAUUGUUUAUAGCAGGGAUAGCAUUGAGUAUUAUGUGGAAGAGUAGAAUGAAAAGAAGAGGCUUGCAAAGUCGGAAGGAAGACAUUGAUUUACCAUUAUUUGACUUUUCUACCAUUGCCGUUGCUACUGGACAUUUCUCGCAGACCAACAUGAUAGGAGCAGGUGGCUUUGGUUCAGUCUACAAGGGAAUUCUCUCCAUGGGUCAAGAAAUAGCGGUGAAGAGGCUGUCCAAAAGUUCAAGACAAGGUCUCGAAGAGUUCAUGAACGAAAUACUCCUAAUUGCCAGACUUCAGCAUAGGAAUCUUGUUGGACUUCUAGGCUGUUGCAUGGAGGGAGAAGAAAGAAUGUUAAUAUAUGAGUAUAUGCCAAAUAAAAGCUUGGAUUAUUUCAUUUUCGAUGAUGACAAAAGCUUCUUAUUAGCGUGGAAGAGUCGCUUUGACUUAGUUUUAGGAAUUGCGAGAGGGCUUCUCUAUCUUCAUCAAGAUUCAAAACUACAAGUCAUUCACAGAGAUCUCAAAACAAGCAACAUAUUGUUAGAUGCUGACCUCAAUCCUAAAAUAUCAGAUUUUGGCCUUGCAAGAAUCUUUGGAGGCAAUGAAAGAGAAGCAAGAACGAGAAGAAUUGUUGGUACCUAUGGCUAUAUGUCCCCAGAAUAUGCUUUUGAUGGAAAUUUCUCCGUGAAAUCCGAUGUUUUUAGCCUUGGUGUAAUUUUGCUAGAGAUAGUAAGUGGCAAAAGGAACAGAGGGUUCUGCCAUCCUGAUCAUCAACACAAUCUUCUUGGUCAUGCAUGGUUGCUGUGGAGCGCAAGCAGGUCCUUGGAGCUUCUACAUGAAUCUCUAUGCGACUCCUUCAUUGCAUCCCAAGUAGAGAGAUGCAUCCAUGUCGGUUUGCUAUGUGUCCAAAAGUGUCCUGGAGACAGGCCAACAAUGUCUUCAGUCGUUUUCAUGUUAGCGAAUGAGGAAGCAAUCUUGCCACAGCCUAAACAGCCCGGGUUCUUCAUGGAGAGAGUUCCAUCGAGCACAGAGGCAUCUUUAAUAAGGGAAGAAUCGUGCACAAGGAAUAUCAUUACGAUCACCAUGCCUGAAGGUCGCUAAACUUCCCAUCGAGGAUGUUCCUCGCUGCGUGCAGCUUAGAAUUUUAGAUUAGCAACUUGGUGAAGGCCUUUUUAUUGAAGUCCAUUGCCAAUGAUUAUGCGUGGAGAUAAAUAAUAUCGACUCUCUAAACUUUUGUAGGAGCAAGUAAUUGUAUUUACUGCUUCCCUUCAUCCUUAUACGAUACUUCGAUAUGUACUAUCCCAAUGAAGUACUUCCACAUUUAUAAACAAAAUAAAGUAUCUAUUGUUUGGUCUUCA